AUGUCUCACGAACUAUUAGAAAGUAGGAAAAAGCUGCCCGUUCGAGUGCAGGAUGCUAUUUGCGAUGCUGGCAGCUUAAUAUCUUUGGCAACUAGUAUUUCUACAGAGAGUAUGACUGCAUGUUUCAAAAGACAAGUCGAAAAUGAGAAGAACGUUGUUUUACUUUCUAAGAAAUUACAUUGUAUCGAUAUGUUGAUUGAUGAUCUGAGUUCCGUAGAGUUGAUGAUUGAACAUCUAAUUCCGAACAUCACUGAUGUUCAAGAAACAUUACAACUGAUUGAAAGACAUAACUAUUUUGAAGAAUCUUGGUUAAACGAUAUGAUUCAAAGCGAACGUGAUACGGCUAAUUGA